GAGGUGAUUGCAGUAGACUGGAAGGGACUGAAAGAUGUGGACCAAAUCAAUAUGGACAGCACGAGUUCACUGCAUGGCAGCAGCUUCCAUCGACCUUCCACUGAGCAAACACGGACGGAUUUCUCCUGGGAUGGUAUCAAUCUCUCCAUGGAAGAUACGACCUCCAUCCUCCCCAAGCUGAAACGUAACUCCAAUGCUUAUGGGAUUGGGGCUUUGGCUAAAUCAUCUUUCUCUGGGAUAUCUCGCAGCAUGAAGGACCACGUCACGAAGCCAACAGCGAUGGGCCAGGGCCGCGUGGCUCACAUGAUCGAGUGGCAGGGCUGGGGAAAAGCCCAGAGCCAGCAGCAGCAGCACACGCACGAGAGCGCGCGCAAGGACGCCGACGCCUACUCCGACCUCAGCGACGGCGAGAAGGAGGCACGCUUCCUCGCAGGAGUGAUGGAGCAAUUUGCUAUUUCUGAAGCGACUCUCAUGGCCUGGUCCUCCAUGGAUGGUGAGGAUGUGAGUGUAAAUUCAAAUCAGGAUAACCCAGCAGGCAACUACUCUGAGAACUAUCAGGAGCUGAUGGAGAGCCAAGAGCACAUGGCCCAGACGCAGUAUGAUAGCUGGCCUCAUUCCUACGUCUCGCAGGGCAUGUAUUGCUUAGGUUCAUCCGACGCCUGGGAGGCCAGCGAUCAGUCCCUCAUCGCCUCCCCAGCAACUGGCUCCUACCUAGGCCAGAAUUUCGAUGAGUCCCAGACAAACCUCCAGGAAAGCAUUUUACUUCAGAGCAGCUUUCUUCAGCAGCAGCAGCAGCUGCAGCAACAGCGGCAGGAGCAGAACUUCAUCCAGAGCACGGGGCUGGUCCACGUGUGGCCCCUGCAGACUGCUCAGAGUGGGGGUGGAGCUGAGUCCAGCACGUACAUGGAGGACCACAUUGAGGAUGAAGGGAACCCACGGCUGGAGAAAGCUCCUCUCCUAAACAAGAAGCCCUCUCCAGAGGAGGAUGAUGCAGUGUGCCGGGACCUGGAAUCUUUGUCUCCUCGAGAGGAGAUGGAACAUGCUGCACUGAGCCGCAAAGUCUCAGAUGUCACCUCCUCUGGGGUGCAGUCCUUUGAUGAGGAAGAGGGAGAAACAAACAACUGA